UAAUUAUCGGUAGAAAACGAAUUGCGACCUAAGUGCUUCGGAUAUUAUACAUACGUACAUACAUACAUACAUACAUACCUAUAUAUAUAUAUAUAUAUAUAUAUAUAUAUAUAUAACUUGUACAGGGCAAGUGUUUUUAACGGGGUGGCGGUUACAGCUUAUAGGAAGGGAUGUAAAACGACGAUAAAAUAAUUCGUUGCCGGGAAAAAGGGAAUAAGAACGAGGGUCUUAGAAAGAAUAACGUACACCGAGCAUUUACAUAGGGUAUAUAAUAUAUAAAACGCAGUUUGAAUUUCGAAGGAAAUAUUUGAUGGAAUCGCACCGACGCUUUUGAUAAGCCGCGAUCAUUUUUUUUCUUCGCGGCCACUGGCACUUGCUAUAUUUUUGAAAGACUUUUGUACUUUAUUCCACGUUACGAUAAAGGGCUGUUAAGCUUUUUUAGAGAACGAGAUAGGAUCGGGACUUGUAUAAUAAAUAUCGGAUCUCACUCAGGAUAAUAAUACGCGCCUUAAAUCCGUAUCUGUUCUUUGUCGGUGAAAUGAAAAGGGAGAGAAAGAGAGAAAGAAAGAGAGGGAGAGGGAGAGAGAGAGAGAGAGAGAGAGAGAGAGAGAAAUGAAUAAACACGACAUAUAAGAGAAAUAGAAAAGUAGAAGUAAGAUUGUGUUGUAGAUACACAAUUGUAGUUUGAUUGCAAAGGAAAGAAUAUAACAUUUUAGGAUGGAAAUUCCUACGAUAAAUGGAAAUCAUCUCUAAAUCAUCUUUCCAUUGAAAUAAUAUCGAAACGAUUCGAAAGCGCUUCGCAGUAUAAAGUUUCGCAGUAGCAGUUCUUUGGCAUCCUUCCCUUUGCUCUUUUGGGAAAUACGAUGAAUCUAUUUUUUUUUUCUUUUUUGUAUCUGUGCCAGAGAUAUCUAUCCAUUUCUCUUCGUCGCAGAUUUUCGUCGCAGCUCUAUGAAAGGAUAUAUCGGUAGUUCGUGAAUUUUUAUUAAAACGUGCCACUGAUGAUAUCUAUUCUAGAAGGAAAGAGUGAAAGAUUGAAUGAAAGAAAGAAAGAAAGAAAGAAAAAUCAUAGCUAGUAUUUCCCGAGAAUUUCGAAAGAUAUGGUGGAUUUUUAAAGGAACGAUUCAUUCAAAACAACGAUAUCGAAAUUGGAUAUCGAUGAUUUUUAUAUACUCUCUCUUACAUUCGCUUUGCACUUUAUCAGAAAAGAAAAAAAAAAUUAAGAAAAAAAGAGAAAAAACUAAAAACAAAAAACGAAAAAAAAGUAACAAAAAUUGCGCUGUCUUCUGCGUCCAUCUUUCUCGUUUCUUCUUCCACAAGUUCUCCACAGGUCAACAAUGAUUUUUCCUAUCUUUCAAAAUUCUAUUUUAUUAUUUCUGCCGACAAGGUCCUUAUCUACCCUUUCCCCUGGAUCAACCAAUAAAAUCUUUUCUUUAUCUUAAAUAAAGCAAAGGAUUUUAUUCUUUAUACGAAACUAUGAAUAUAUACAGACACACACGCGACAUACACACACACACACGAGCAUAUUCAUUGUACAUUAUGUACAUAAAUACAUACAUAUAUAUAUAUGCAUACUAACAUACAUACAUACAUACAUACAUACACAGGAUACGAUUACAGGAAACUCGACUAUGUAUACCUCGCAAUAGUGGUCGUCUUUUUUUUUUUUUGUAAGAUAUAGAUAAACCCUUAACGUUUAUUUUCGUUUCGGCGAUGCCCUUUCUUUUCUUGUUCUUUUUUUUUUUUUUCAUUUUCUUCCUCGUCUUUUUCCUUUUCUACACUCGCUCGUGCGUUCGGCCUGUGAGUUCUCUAUAUCGUGCCAAAUCACAGGAGAAAGGAAGGCGAAGUAAAAAGGAUAUGAAAGGGACGAGAGUUCGUUGUAUAUUGUAGGGUGUAUUUUUUCUCUCUUCCCUUCUUUAUUCUUCCUCUUCUUUUUCGUCUUAUUCUUAUUCUUAUUAUUCUUAGUCUUUUUUUUUAUUCCUUUUUUUUUCUUUAUUUUUUUAAUCGACUGGAGUUUUAGGCCUUCUCUUAGCAAAAACUUCUUCAACGGAUUUUGCUUAGAAAGGGAGAGGGAGAGGGAGAGAGAGAGAGAGAGAGAGAGAGAGAGAGAAAGAGAGAGAGAGAGAGAGAGAGAGAGAGAGAGAGAGGGAGAGAGAGAAUGAGAGUGAGAGAGUGUGUGCGCGUGUGUGUAUGUAUCCUAGCGGAUUUUGGGGGUCGUUAUAUCAUUCUCAUACUUUUUUCUUUGCUUUUGAUAACAUUACAUAUAUAUAUAUAUAUAUAUAUAUAUAUAUAUAUAUAUAUAUAUAUAUAUAUGUGUGUGUAUAUGUAUACGUAUCUAUCCUUCUUUUCUCUCUUCUUGACAAAAGUUCGAGUUUUCUUCGUCAAUUCGUUCACAUGAUUUAUUCGAAAAAUGGAACGAAUAUUUCUCUUCCCCGUAUUUUUUUUCUUUGUAUAUUUUAAUGAAAGAAAAUCGAAUCGUCAAAUGCAUAAAAUUGUUUAUGGACAUCUUAUUUGUGGACAAGUCGAUAGAUUUCAUAAGUGUUUUCGAUCGUAUCUGUAAGAAAUUACGUGAUAUUCGAUUUUUCUUAGAUUAAUUACAAAUUAAAGAUUUAUUAGCGUACGAAAAAGCGGAUGUGAUCUUUGUUCUUAAUUCUUUUCGAUUUAUCUUACAAACGGAACAUAAUAAUAUAUUAAUAUUAUUUUUUUUGUUUGUUUUUUCAAUGAGAUCGAAGUGUAUCGAUAAAAAAAAAAAAAAAAAAAAAAAAAAAAAAAAAAAAAAAAAAAAAAAUAAAAUAAAAUUGUACAAAAAUAGAAAGUACAACGACAGAUGACGCGAAGCCGUUUGCGUUUCUUUAUUUCAUAAUUUCCAUAGUAUCUUUCUUUUUUUUUUUCUUUUCUUAUUUUUGAUCCGAUUUUUAAAUGAAAAAGAAAAAAGUAUACAAUAUACAUGAAACUUAUUGAAAACAUCGAUUUUCUCGUACCUCAGGAUGAAUCCCCUGAUCCGCUGGUGUCUUGAAAAGAAUGCAAACGUACCUGCUAGCUAUAUAAACAUUUUAAAUAAUAAUAGAUUACUAUAAUAACAUGAAGGAAGCGGUAAGAAAGAUUACGCAUUUGAAUAACGACGUGUGCGUUUGUUCAGGAUUAGUAUCAUACGAGGAUGAAGAUAUUUUCGUUGCCGUUACCGAUGAAAAUAUGACACGGAACGGUGAUCAUGUUUCCUUCAUUCUCGAUGAAUUAUAGAUAUAUGUUAUAGAUACGAUUCUUUGGUUGAUAUAUAUUAUAUGUAUAUAUACGAUACACACACGCACACGCACACACACACGCGCACACACACACACACAUAUGCAUGACUCGUAAGGAUUCGUUUCCGUCGUUACUUAUGAUUCUCUUUCUAUUUUUGUUUGUUGUUUUUUAAUUUUUAUCGAUCAUAACAGACGAGGCUAAUCGGCCUUUAAUUUCUUUUUAUUUUAUUUUCCCUCUCCUCUCCCCCUCCCCCUCCCCUCUCCCUUCUCCAUCGCCUCCUUUACGUUAUUUCACAAAUUAUUUCGUCUAAGUGCAUUUUUCUUCCAGUCGAAAUUUUUCUUCUGUAAAGAAACAAGACGGCGGCCCCCCCUUCCUUAUAUUUUAUUGUUUCUAUUUUUUUUCUUUCCUUUGUUUCGUAUCUUUCCUUUGUUUUGUAUCUUUCUUUUGAGAGAAUCAUAUAUUUUUGUUAGAACGACGCGACUUGUGGAAACGAAUCGUACUACUUUGUUGUAUAAAACGUGUAUCAUACACACAAUAUAUAUAUAUAUAUAUAUAUAUAUAUAUAUAUAUAUAUAUAUAAAAUAUAUAUAUAUACACAUACACAACGCGUAUAUGUAUAACCCUUUACUCCCGACCCGCGUAUAUCGUAGGCGGAUAUUAUUCUUCACCUUCUCUUUUAUUUUUUUUUCGAUUAAGAAAGCAGAGGUGGAUGGUUGCGACGACGAGUGCUUCGCACGUGGGCUAAUAAGAAAUUAAACAACAAACAAAAAAAAACAUUUUUACGAAUGAUAGAGUUUUAUAAAAAGUGUACAUAAAUAAAUAUAUAGUUUGCUAUACAAAACUGUGUAUAGUUGUUCUGGACCUUAAUUAAAGUUAAAAUAACGAAGGAACGUGAGAGAGAUAAUGGAAGAAGAAGAGUGGAAGGCAAAUAAGAAUUAUUAGUCGUCGAGCAAGAAUUUAUCGAUUGCGAAGGAACGCUCGAUGCUCGAUUAACGACGGUUGUUCAUGUAACAUUAGGUUUUUUAUUCAGAGCAAAACAAUAUUUUUUAUUUGUCCCUUUAUUUUUAUAUGACGUUGCUACUGAAAUAAAUAGUAAGCGAUUAAUAAAAAAAAAAAAAAAAAAGAAAAUAAAUAAAAAUAUUAAUAAAAAAAAAGGAAUAAAGAAAAUAGAACUUUUCUACGACGAAACAUAGUUGAGUAUUCAUAUUACGUCAUCGACAUGGAAAAAAGAUUUUUAAGAAAAAGCGCAAGAGAGCGAGAGAGCACGAAUUUACGUCUGCAGCGGGAGGUAGAUAUAAA